ACACCCCAUUAUUCAAUUCGAUUCAAUUCCAACAAAUUACAAAUCUUUAUAUAAAUUCCUGCAUUCCCUUUUCAUUAAUUUCGAAAUUAUGAAAGGAUGGUUGACGAAUUAACCCAUCAAUUUCAUAACACAAAUAAUAUUGAUUUUGGCCCAAUUUUCGCGCGAAAUUUUGACAACGAACAAAGUUUUUGUAUUAAUAAUAAUGUUAAUAAGUAUAUUGGUAACAUUGCCAAGGAGUAUAUGGAGAUAAGUGAAGGGGAGAAUUGGGCAUCCAACCUUAUUAGUCAUUUGAAUAGUCAAUUUCCGACGAUUAUCGAUACACCAAAGGGAUUGCAGAACUUAAUUCAGCAGGAUGUACGGGAUGCUAAUCUUUAUCAGAUAGCAUCCUCACAUUCGUCUUUGCCGGACUUGUUGGUUUCACCUGAUUUUCGUGACUCUGAAAGUUACAUGAACUUAGGAUACAGUUGUUACAAUCCUGCUUCUGUGAACAUUUAUAACCCUGUGUUGUAUGAAGGCUCUGUGUAUAACGACUACAGCCAGAAUGUUUCUUGUGGUGGGUUAAACACGGUAUCUUCACUGGGAAUAAAGCAGACUGAUCUAGAUCUUAUUACUUCACCUGAACAAGUGUCAUCCAUCACUGCAUGUUCUUAUGGGGAUGUGAUAUCUGAUUCCGAAGCUUUUGAUAGUAGACCAAGAUUUUCCUUACAACAGCAACCUUUUACUAAUAGUCAAUACGGAAGCUUUACUGGAAAGAAAAGCACAUACAACAUGGAUGUUCCAUUACUAAUGGUGGAUGAUGUGCAAUCUUCGUAUCCAGAGUCCUGCAAUAUGCAACAGCAUGAUAGUCUACAGAGCAAAUGUAAUACCCAGAUAUCACAUCAGAUUCAGAUGUGUGUGUCCCAACAACCUUCAGUGCAGUUUCAUGAUCGAUUUGAAACUCGAUCAGAUAUGUUGUUUGUUAAUGAUGAGAAAUCUAGUAAAGAUUCUGAGAACUCUCCUCACGCUUCACAAUAUGUUUCAUGGGGGAAUUCCAGUGAUAUAUUUAGUCUUCGUGUCCUUAACUCAUAUGUGAUGUACAAGGAUAUGCCGGCUGACUUGAGAAGAGAAGUUUCUUUUCAGGAUUAUAUGCAUGCAGAAGAAUGUAAGCCCAACAACAUAUGCAAGUGUCACUUGUAUGUUGAAUUGUCAUCACAUUUCGAUAAGUGUAGCGAUUUAAAGUGCAAUAUCUGUGGGCCUGCAAGACAUAUAUGUGGUGCUGGUAAUUCUCACUUGGAAUCUAGAAAAAGAAAAAAAGAUCAAUCAGAGCUCACCCUUAGUGGGGAUUCCGGUAGAACCCAGACUCUUUUAGAUCCAUUGCCUACUAAGUAUCCAAAGCUGGAGAGUUUGACAGUUGGAAAUGGUUUUUUACAAGAAUAUGUUGCUUCACUUGAUCAACACGACCCAAACAAUGCACAUGGUGAACAGGAUUUAACAAGUGUAAAUCCGAGGGAUGAGAUAACAAAUGAUAUUAUGAAGACUUACCCAGAGGUAUGUUCUGGUCAUCGUUCAUUUAAAGAAAAAACCAGUGAUGAAAAAGAGAGAUCUGACCAAACCAUACCAGAAACAAUGUAUGGUCCAAAUUCAGCACCAGAUGCUAAUGAGUCUGGUAUAAAUUCCAGACCCAAUGAUGAAAAAGAAAAAUCUGGACAGGCCAUAGUAGAAGUGAAGGAUGGUUUAAAUUCAGCACCAGAUGGUAAUGAGUUGGGUUUGAAUUUAAAGAAAUCCAUGACACCAGUUAUGUCUUUAGUUUAUUGUGAUUCGGGUUUAGAAUCGGGGAAGACCAAGAUAAAGAUUACAUCUUCGGCUGAUGGCUUGGAGUUGGAGCCAGAGAAGAUCCACAAGAUACAGAGUGUGUCUUUGGCCGAUUUUUUUACUGCAGAUCAGAUCAAAUCACAUUUGCUGAGUUUUACCUCCCAGAAGGAUAUAUCAGGAAAAAGAGAACCUUCGAUUGGUCAAAACACAUGCCAAUUGUGCUCCAUGGAUAAGCUAGUGUUUGCCCCUGUACCCAUAUAUUGCUCAUCUUGUGAAUUACGUAUCAAGAGAAACGUUGGCUAUUAUCGGUCUGCCAAUGAAAUUGGUAUACGGUAUUGUUUUUGUAUGUCAUGCUACAGGGGAACUCAUGGAGCUAAUAUUAUGGUGAGAGGGUUUUCCUUCCCCAAAUCAAACCUGCAAAAGGCAAAGAAUGAUGAGGAAAAGGAGGACUCGUGGGUUCUUUGUGAUAAAUGUCAAUGCUGGCAACAUAGGGUAUGUGGUCUUUACAAUGAUGAAAAAGAUGUUGAAGGGAAAGCUGAAUAUAUAUGUCCAAAAUGUUACUUAGAAGAAAUAGAGAGUGGAACACGUGUUCCCUUACCACAAACCGCUGCUUCUAGCGCAAAAGAUUUGCCAAGAACUAAUCUCAGUGAUCAUAUAGAGCAAAGACUGUCUACACGUCUCAAUCAAGAGCGAGAAGAAUUGGCAAAGAUUUCUGGAAUUCAACCGGAAGAGGUACCAGGAGCUGAAGAUCUUGUUGUGAGAGUGGUGGUAUCUUUUGAGAAACAGUUGGAAGUAAGGCAGAAGUUUAUUGAUAUUCUUCAUGGAGAAGAUUAUCCAUCGGGAUUUACAUACAGAUCAAAGUUAAUUUUUUUGUUCCAGAAAAUAGAAGGGGUAGAUGUGUGCCUUUUUGGAAUGUGUGUUCAAGAGUUUGGAUCAGAAUGUGCCGGCCCAAAUCAACGUUGUGUGUAUAUCUCGUAUCUUGAUUCUGUAAAGUACUUUAGACCUGAGAGAAAAAGUGUCGCUGGUGAAUCUCUUCGGACGUUUGUUUAUCAUGAAAUAUUGAUUGGAUACCUUGAGUAUUGCAAACAACGAGGUUUCGCAACAUGUUACAUAUGGGCAUGUCCUCUUAUAAAAGGAGAAGAUUACAUCUUUUACUGCCAUCCAGAGAGUCAGAGAACACCGAAACAGGAUAAGCUACGCCAGUGGUACAAGUCAAUGUUAAAGAAAGCAUCGGAAGAUAAUGUUGUUGUUGACCACACCAAUUUUUACCAUCAGUUUUUUGUGCCUAAUGAAGAGACUAAUACCAAGAUAACUGCAGCCCGUUUACCCUACUUUGAUGGUGAUUAUUGGUCCGGGGCUGCUGAAAAUAUAGUCAGGAAACUUGAAAUAGAAGAAAAGGCUGGUGGAUUGCAGAGUAAGUUACCUAACAAGAGAAUCUUGAAAUCCAUGGGACAGGACAAACAUGAUAUUGCAAUGAAAGAUGUCUUAGUGAUGCAAAAGCUGGGCCAAACCAUUUUACCCGUGAAGGAAAAUUUCAUGAUUAUCUAUUUACACUAUACUUGCACCGGUUGCAAUCAAGUAAUUCUAUCCGGAAGCAGAUGGUUUUGUAACCAAUGCAAAAAGAUUCAACUAUGUUCAAGAUGUUAUAAUGUUGAUAAGAAGAAUUCAGGGGAUAAGAUUCACACAUGCCAUUCAGGUGAAAAGAAUCCACUCUCUGAGGUUGUGGUGAGCGAUGUGAAUCUGGAUACCAAGGAUGAUGAUGAUGUGUUAUGCAACAUUUUCUUUGAAACCCGUGAUGCUUUUUUAAACAAGUGUCAGAAAUCUCAUUUUCAGUUUGAUACACUUUCUCGUGCCAAAUACUCCUCUUUGAUGAUCCUGUACCAUUUAAUCCACAAGCCUGUCAUUAGACCCACCUGCACUGCUUGCCAUGCGGAUGUUGUGGUUGAGCGAUGCUGGCAGUGUAACGUUUGUGUUAAGUAUUAUCUAUGUGAGUUAUGCUAUAAGACAAGACGUGGUGCUUGUCAUCCCCACAAGUUAAGUUCGCCUUCAAUGGAAGUCGUUUGUGGAUCCAAAAUUAGACAAUUUCAGAAGCAAAAAGCUCUAGAGUUGAAGGCAGUGAUGGAUGUUUUAAUGCAUGCCUCUGAAUGUGAGAGGAUUCCAUGUCCUUACAAAGAAUGUGUAAUGAUGAGAAGACUUUUUUACCAUGCUGCUAGAUGCAGUAUCAGAGCUCGUGGCGGUUGCAAGUUUUGCUCAAGAGUAUGGAAGAUACUAAAGGAGCACUCGCGAAUAUGUAGAGAUUCCAAUUGUAAAAUACCUCGCUGCAGGGAUAUAAAGAACUACAAGGAGAAACUCGCAGCUAACUCUGAAAAUCGACAGGCUACAGUAGAACAUCAGCCAGAGGGACCCAAGGUUCCUGUUUCAUAGCAAUGUAAAGGAAAUAAUAUUAAGACAUUUUUGCAUACCUAACCUAAAUAGAUCCGGUUUGAGCAUUUGUUUUGGCAGAGCCAUAUGAUAAGAACAUAGGUGGCCAUUUUUCAUGUGUGGAGCAUUAUAGGGUGUAGAGUAGAACAAGAUAACAAACAGGUUAACUUGCCUUGUUUAGGAAAAUGAGUAGUUGGGACAUUUGGUCUGGAUGAUUUUGCCCCAAACCGUAUCCUGUAUAUAUGAAUUCUCAAGCUCUUUAAAGAUAAUUAUGACUCAAUUUUUGUUCA